GUCGUUCCUCCAUGAAGAGGGGGAGUGACAUAAUGGUGCCGUGACUCGGAUAGGAAGCCUAGGCAGGGUUUAGUGUCGUUCCUCCACGAAGAGGGGGAGCGACAGUGCGGCGUGAGAGUGCCCCCGGUCCAGGGCGUCACACUGACAGGCUAGCUGUUGAGAUGCCGUGUGUCACCUUUGGAGAAACCACCAUGGAGGAGUAGCACUCGUGAGAGUCAAGGGGAAAAGAACGUCCAGGCCUUACUUCUCACCCCGGUUGUGUCUGAAAAUACAUUCUGUGAAAUAAACGAAUGCAUUCCCUUUGUGUAUUUUGGAAGAAGAAUCUGAAUUCUUUCCCUCUGGUAAGUUAAAACAAACACCAGGUCUGAAACUCAGUGUUCUCAAGGAGCAGUCGGAGGUGUAGCUCAGGCCCCAAGCCCGGGGGCUUGGGGGUGAUUCCCUUAAGGUGUGAGCUGAAGUGAGAAGUUGGGGGCCCAACAUCUUUGCUCUCACUCCCCGGAGCUGCUUUUGAGCCUUCAUAGCCACGUGACUCAAAAGCACGGGGUCACAAUGCUAGCCAGGCGCUUGGUGAUCAGCUGGUCUGAGAACCAGGGAUUCACAGAAUACAUGGGCUGUAGGGAGUCUCAUUUUGCAAAUGAAGAUACUGAAGCCCAGAAAACUAAGUGCUGGCAGGAAGUGAACCUGGCCCUCAGGUUGUAUACAGUGUACACCUGUACUCACCAGCUGGUGCCCCUCUCAGAAAGUAGCAAGUUGAGAGCAGAGACCACGAGUCCUGUCCGGUGGUGUCCUGGAGAGCCCUGUGACGGCCCUGUCCACCCAGCAGUCCCUCUGUUGGCCCUUGCUUGCUGGCACUCACCUGCUGCCUUUGGUUGGUGCCACUCUUGUUGCUUCUGAACAGGAAGUUAUUUUCCAUGGCUCGUCUUUGGCUGUGUUUCCUUGGCCCUGGGGCUGGGUUCCCGCCAGGUGGAUGCCUUGCAAGAGUGGUAUCUGCCACGGAGGGUUAUUGUUGAAGAAGUUAGUAUCUGGGUCCACGGGUGGCACAUCUGCUGAUAUAACCAACUGUGGGUUGAAAGUAUUUGGGGGAAAAAUUGCAUCUAUCUUACAAACAUACAGAUCUGUUUUCUUGUCAUUGUUCCCCAAACAAUACAGCAAAAUAAUCAUUUCCAUAACAUUUGUAUUAUAAUCUAGAGAUGAUUUAAAGGGUGAGGGAGGCUAUGUGUAGGUCAUAUGCAAAUAGGAGUUAUGUAAAAGAUCAUGGAAAAAUGAAAUUAAGAGAUAAGCUAUUUUGAUGCCAAAAAAUUUGAAAUCCAUGAGUAGUUGUUUCAUAAUACACAUUUCCAUGAACUUUUUGAAAGUCCUUCAUACUACGCCAUCCUCCACACUCGGUGUUUGCAUCCAUUGAUUUGGUAUCUGAAGCCACUUGCCGUGGGCAUGAGGGUGACUGCCCUUCCUACCCCUUGGCAGCUACCCUGCGUUGAUGUCCUUGGAACAUAUGUGUGUGUGUGCGAUUCUGUUUUUUUCCCACUGUGAUUUGCCUUCAGUCCCUGGAUGUAAAGGAGGCUUGAGAGGCGGAGUCCUCAGUUUUGUGUCUGUGCCUUGUCUGGGGUGGUGUACCCAAGCGUGAUGGGCUGUGUCCAGGUGCUGUGCAGCCUGGGGCUACUCUCCUGGCCUAUCCCUGCUCCACAGCCACGUCCUGAGUGAAGGGACAGCUGGACCCACCUGGCUGUGGCUUCACUCCUUGGCAAUCCCUGGAAGGAGUCUUUCGCUGAAGACUUUGUGAUGACUUCCCAGAUCCGAGUAGCUGCUGGGGAUGGAGGAGAGGCUACUUUCUGGGGUCAACUCUUCACCUGGCGCAGCUCCCUCUGAAUACCAGGCAUGGCUCUCCUGGGGCUGCGUUGUUGAUGAGAUUGUGUUUAGCACCCUAGCUUGGGAAGGAGAAGAGUAAUGACAGGCGCAUCCUACCCAGAGACUCAUCCUCCUUACUCCAAAGACCAAAACCAGACAAAGUCUGCCUGUGCUUAUCUCCUUGCCCAAACUAUCAAAUGGUACCCCGACGCUGACGUGCUGUGGCCUGAAGUUCUACUUUUUCAGUUGCAUCAUGCCUGUUUGUGUGUAGGUUCAAAGUUGUAAAUGCAGAACCACUUACCCCAGUCCCUCUGCCUCUCUUUCCCCCUUCCCUCAAUGGAUUGAUCCACCCAUAUAUCCUUCCUUCCAUUUUAUGACUCCUGAAUCCAGUAUGUGCUGGCAAGCUUAUGCAUUUAAAGGGACCAGGCAGGUAAACCACACAAGGAGAACGGAAUAGGUAAAGAGGGUAGGGAUUGGUGGGGAGUGUGGUGAGCAGAAAGGAGCGGUUCUCUGAGCUGACGUGUGCAGCAUUCCCUGGCUUGAGCGUCCUCUCAGGUUUGCUGUGUGCUGCUUGAGAACUGUGGUGACCCCAAAGCGGCUGGGCUCCAGCAGGUGCUUGGAUGGGGCCCCUGGGCUCUUCCUCAGCUUUAGAGGGUCUACUGGAAAAUCAAAGCAUGCACUGUGGAUUAGGGUUUUUUUAAGACUGGAAGUGGCAAGAAUGAGUGCUCGAGCCCGGAGAAGGAUUCAGGGGCUCGUGCAGCUGCUUGUGCCUGGGCCUGCGGGCUGGGAAGGGCCAUCCGGACACCUGCCUCUGCCUUCACCACGCAGCUCCUCUUCCCUUUGUGCAGUCCUCCUUCACAGGUGGGCCCUCGUCUCGGGCGGCUCCGAGCAGCUCCAGGCACACGUUCCUCUCUGCUUUUCCAUGCCCAGGGAAAGCUCCUCUGUCUCCCAGACGUUCCAGGAUUGACUCCGAUUUUCCUGCCUCAGACCCCACGUGCGUCCUUGAACCUAUCACUAGGGUCUGGGGAGGUGCUGCUGUUCUUCCUGGCCAGGGCUGCUCACAAGCCUGCUUCUGCAGUUGGCAGGGAGAACGGGACUGCUGCUGCUCAGCUGAUGGUGAGAAAGAGGUGGUUCCCCAGAGGAAUGGGGAGACAUUACUAGAAGGAGAGGGGGUGGCAGCUGGGCAGGCAGACAUGCAUGCCCACCACGAGGCGGAAGGGUUCGUGGAAAGAAUGGAUCCUUACAGCUGCAUUGGGAAGUAUGACCCAGCACUCUGAGCAGGGCCGCAGCAGCCCAUCCCUGUAGCUCUGUGUUGCCUGCUGGUCUGAGUAGGGCACCCCUGACAUCUGCUGCUCAGCGCGGUCUUCCAUGGGUACAGACUGCCUUGCCUUGUCUCCUACAUACUCCCAGAGCUGUGAAUUUUGAAGGUCUUGGGGGUUUUGGGAGAAGGAAGUAACCCAGGAGGGUCCUGCUGAGCAGUCAGUGAACAUCAACUCAUUCUGCCUGUGUCAGAAGAGUUGCCCAAAUGGAGGGUUUGCUUUCAGCAGUGCCAGCCUGGGCUCUGAACUCGGCUGCACUGGUGCCAUGACUUGGCCCGAGGCAGGAGCUGAGGCCCUGGAAGAGCUGUCGUUGGAAUUCGGAGCCUCUGACUUCUCGCCCUGGGCAGAAGCUGCUGGAAGGGGAGAGGGGCCAGAUUGCAUCCUCAGCAGCUGGCAGCCCUUGGUGCAGCUCAGUGGAGACCCAGAGUUCUCUACUGGGACACCGGUCCCAGAGAGUAAAAUGUGCAGGUGUCAGAUCUGACCUUGGUCACAGGUAACCCUCAGUGCUGGAAAUGCCAGCUCUUUCCAGAUUGAGCAACAGUUUUCUCUGCUCUCAAGCAUAAUUUUAACUGUAUCCUCCCUAGGGCUUUGCUUGUUUGUUUGUUGUUGAAAACAUAGCUACCAAAAUGCAGAAUAUUAAAAGGAAGAUAGCAAAAGGACAAAUGGAACUUUUAAGAGGAUCUGUUACUAGAAUGCUAGAGUGGCUGGCGUUGCAGUGUAGCAGGUAAAGCCACUGUCUACAGUGCUGGCAUCCCAUGUGGGCACUGGUUUGAGUUCUGGCUGUUCCACUUCUGAUCCAGCUCCCUGCCAAUGCACCUGGGAAAGCAGCAGAAGAUGGCCCAGGUCCUUGGGCCCCUGUACCCAUGUGGGAGACCCAAAAGAAACUCCUGGCUCUUGUAUUUGGCCUGGCCCAGCCCAGCUGUUGUGGCCAUUUUGGGAGUGAAACAGUGGAUGGAAAAUCUCUUGACCUCUCUGUCUGUCUCUGUCUCUCUUUGUAAUUCUGCCUUUCAAAUAAAUAAAGUAAAUAUUAAAAAAAAAAGAAUGAUAAAAAGUACCAAAAAUAUUCUGCUGUAUAGAUGAAGUAGAAUUGUUGAUGACAGGAAACGCUGAAGGGCCUUAAUACACUAUUUUAUUUGCUAUAACAACCUAAAGAGAUUGAGAGGGAAGGGUAAUUUUUUAAUAUCCACUUUAUAGGUAUAGAAAUGGUCACUACAAGAACUGGCAAUGUCUCCUAGUUAUUGAGAGAAUUAAAUCUGAAACCCAGGUCUCUGAACAACUAGUUUUAUUUAUUUAAACAUUAAAAAAUUAUCAUUUUUUUAAGCUUGAGAGGCAGGGAGAGAGAUAAGAGAGAGAGAGAGGGAGAGUGAGAGCACUCCCAUUUGCUAGUCCACUCCCCAAAUACUUGCAAAGGCCAGGCCUGGGCUGAGGCCAGAGCCAAGGAGCUGAGAACUUAAUCCUGGUCUCCCAUCUGGGUAGUAGAAACCCAAUUACUUGAGCUGUCACUGCUGCCUCCUGGGUUUUGCAUUGACAGGAAGCUGGAGUCAGGAGUCAGAGCCAGGAACUGAACCCAUGCAAUCCAAUGUGAGGCAGGGGUGUCCUCACUGCUAGGCCUAGUCAGUUUUUUUCCCCAAGAUUUAUUUAUUUAUUUGAAAGGCAGAGUUACAGAGAGGCAGAGGCAGAGAGAGAGAGAGAGAGAGAGAGAGAGAGAGAGGAGAAAAGGGUCUUCCAUGUGCUUUUUCAUUCUCCAGUGGCUGCAACGGCCGGAGCUGGGAUGAUCCAGAGCCAGGAGCUUUUUCUAGGUCUCUCAUGCAGGUGCAGGGGCCCAAGGACCUGGGCCAUCUUCUCUCACUUUCCCAGGCCAUAGCAGAGAGCUGGAUUGGAAGUGGAGCAGCUAGGACUCUAACUGGCACCCAUAUGGGAUGCCAGCAUUGCAGGCAGUUGUUUCACCCGCUAUGCCACAGUGUCAGCCCCCUAGUCAGUUUUUUUUUUUAAAUAUUUAUUUAUUUAUUUGAAAAGCAGAGGCAGAGAGGCAGAGGCAGGGAGAGACAGAGAGAGAGAGAGAGAGAGAGAUCGAGAUCUUCUAUCUGCUGGUUCACUCCCCAAAUAGCUGAAAUGGCUGGAGUUGGGCUAAUCUGAAGCCAAGAGCCAGAAGCUUCCACAUGGGUGCAGGGUCCCAAGGACUUGAGGUCAUUUUCUGCUGCUUUCUCAAGUGCCUUAGAGGGAGCUGAAUCAGAAGUGGAGUAGCCAGGACUUGAACUGGCACCCGUAUGGAAUGCCAGUACUGCAGGUGGCGGCUUUACCUGCUAUACCACAGUGCCAGCUCCUGCAUAAUCUCUUAAAGUCACCCAAAAAAUUAACCAGGAAGUUUGAGAUCCAAAUUCUAAUACAAAUGGAAUAUUCCUUAUCUGAAAUGCUUGGGACCAGAAGUGUUUCAAAUUUAGAGUUUUCUCAAAUUUUGGAAUAUUUGCAUAUCCUUAGUAAGGUAUCUUGGGUAUGAGACCCAAAUCUAAACACAAAAUUCAUUCAUGUUUCAUGUACAUAUUAGACACAUAGCCUGAUGGUAAUUUAUACAGUAUUUUUUGUGUGCUUGAUUUUGAUUGUGACCUGUCACAUGAGGUCAGGUAUGGAAUUUUCCACUUGUGACAUCAUAUCGGUGCUAAUGAGGACAGAUUUGGGAGCAUUUGAGAUUUUAGAUUGGAGCUGCUCCAUCUGUUUACCUGUUUUGAACCUAAUCCAAGAUACUUCAAUGAUGAAAUUAAGUGACUCCUGACAGUAUAGCUCGGGGACCAGUUCUACAAGGAAGCCAUCGAGCACUGCCGGAGCUACAACUCGCGCCUGUGCGCGGAGCGCAGCGUGCGCCUCCCCUUCCUGGACUCGCAGACCGGGGUGGCCCAGAACAACUGCUACAUCUGGAUGGAGAAACGGCACCGAGGGCCAGGCCUCGCCCCAGGCCAACUGUACACAUACCCUGCCCGCUGCUGGCGCAAGAAGAGACGAUUGCACCCACCCGAAGACCCAAAGCUGCGGCUGCUAGAAAUAAAACCUGAAGUGGAGCUGCCUCUGAAGAAGGAUGGCUUCACCUCGGAGAGCACCACGCUGGAGGCCCUGCUCCGGGGGGAGGGGGUGGAGAAGAAGGUGGAUGCCCGAGAAGAGGAGAGCAUCCAGGAAAUCCAGAGGGUUUUGGAAAAUGAUGAGAAUGUAGAAGAAGGGAAUGAAGAAGAGGAUUUAGAAGAGGACAUUCCCAAGCGGAAGAACCGGACCCGAGGCCGGGCUCGUGGCUCCGCGGGUGGCAGGAGGAGGCACGAUGUCACCUCUCAGGAAGACCAUGACAAACCUUACGUCUGCGACAUCUGUGGCAAGCGCUACAAGAACCGGCCGGGACUCAGCUACCACUACGCUCACACUCACCUGGCCAGCGAGGAGGGGGACGAAGCCCAGGACCAGGAGACCCGGUCCCCUCCCAACCACAGAAACGAGAACCACAGACGGACAGGAAGAAUAUCUCCUAAACAAGAACAUCUUUCUCAAGAGCAAGCCCAGAAGGGACCGGAUGGGACGGUCAUUCCCAAUAACUACUGUGACUUCUGCCUGGGAGGCUCUAACAUGAACAAGAAGAGCGGGCGGCCGGAAGAGCUGGUGUCCUGUGCCGACUGUGGACGCUCUGGUCACCCUACCUGCCUACAGUUCACCCUGAACAUGACUGAGGCCGUCAAGACCUACAAGUGGCAGUGCAUUGAGUGCAAGUCCUGCAUUCUCUGUGGGACCUCAGAGAAUGACGACCAGCUCCUCUUCUGCGACGACUGUGACCGUGGCUAUCACAUGUACUGUUUAAACCCCCCCGUGGCGGAGCCCCCAGAAGGGAGCUGGAGCUGCCACUUGUGCUGGGAACUGCUCAAAGAGAAAGCCUCAGCCUUCGGCUGUCAGGCCUAGGGCCCCAGGUCACAGGCUGUGACGCGCCGCCGGAGAGGCCCAGCCGGAGCCCAGGUCACACCCAGUCAAGUCCUCCUGCCACCUCUCCAGACAGACCAACUGUAAGGAAAAUAAGUCACGAGGACAAGGGCUGCCGCUCCCCCGCACCUGUGCCACUGUGGCCACUCCUUGGUUCUGCCAGAGGAUCCCACACUUUGAAAACACCACCAGCCCAGCCCAGCCCCGUGGACCCCCUCCUUCCCUGGCACAGCGGUCCUCUCCCUGGCUCCCGCUUUGAAGGGAAGUCAUUUUGUGAUCGCCUGUCCGUCCCUCGUGUGUGGUUUGGUGUUUUUUAAACCUGGAGCGUCCCAAGACGUCUUCGCACAGACUCAGCUUAGCCUCUUCGUCCUUGGCUCUCACCAGCGCAACCGCAGCCUGUGAAGUUGUCACCUAUUUGGCCCCUCGUUGGAAACUUGUAGACCUGAAGCCUGGAGGCCCCCCAACCCCCGCCGAUGGAGCCCCUUUUUGUUCCUUGGUUUCUGUGAGAGGAAGGAUUUCUUUCUAGAACCCCAGCAGUGGCAUCUGCACCCAGGGCUGUCUCAAUCCACUGCUUUGGGUCCCUGGGUGGGAGGCGGGCGGGGAGGGAAGCAGGGGCAGAAAGCAGGGAGGAAGCGUUGUGAAGACCAGGCCAAGGGUCUGCCACCCUCCGGAGAGUCUCUGCAAGGGACCAGGCUGGGCCCUUGACCUUCAGAGCUGGGGCAUCCAGGACACCCAUGGAACAGAGAAAGAUGCUCAGCCUUCCGCCUCCCGGUGGCGUGGGCAUGGAGGCUUGGCUUCCUGUGGUGGGACCGAGACCCAGGAACAGAGGGGAGGUGGGUCCGAGCUCCGGGCGGGCGCAGGGACUGCAGCGGUGAUAAGCUGUGCAGUGCUGGUGUGAGGCUCCGAAUCCCUUUCCCGAGCAAGUCCCUCCUCCCACGUAGUGACGGCGUGCCAUUGUCUAGUGACCCCUGCCUGGAGGUUUCAGGAUGACUUGAGGGCAAUGUGGUGUUUGUGAUCAGAGUGGCACGCACGAGGGCUGCUCCUGUCCCCAACGCUCCCUGCUCUGUGCUGGA